UGAAACAAGUGUGAAUAGCAAUCAUGAGCGACAUCAUCAAGCGAUGGAUUCAAGAAAAAUUAGGCAUAAUAAUCAACCUUCGACCAGAAACCUUCUGUCAACUAUCCCGCGACGGCUCGCUGUUGUGCAGGAUACUCAGAAACUACGAAAUCAUCAACGACGACCAACUGAAGAUGAUCCGAAAAUCGAACGUCCGAUCCGUCUGCCUCGUCAAUUUCAAAGAGCACAUCAUGUACUGGCUGGACAUGCUCAACAUCCAACUCACCGCCGAGGAAAUCAUCGACAUCGUCGACUGCAACGGGCUGGCCUCGCUGACGCUCUUCUACCGCGUGUUCAUCGAGCUGCACGAGAAGGACUGCCUGACGUUCAUCCUGAAGAACCGGCUCAGCGAGAAGCUGCGCCCGCAGCUGAGCAAGUACGCCGUGCACAAGGUCAAGGACAAGCUGCCGGAGAAUCUGGUCAGCGAGAAGUACAUCGAUCACCUCGACAACACCGCCGACGUCAAGCACUGGCUGCAGGACCGGCUCGAGGUGGUGCUGUCCAAGUGCAAGACCGCCAGAGAGGAAUAUUGGAGCAUAAUACGCUCGACCGAAAGAAACUCUGCGCACUUUUCCAGGGGUUUUCUACCGUCGUUCGAAGAGCACCAGGACAUCGUACCGAACACUUCUGCGCGGAGCGUCGAUAUGACCUACAAAGAUCUCGUUAUUGAAAAAUCCAAAGCGAAAAACGCGAAGCCUUUCCUGCCCGAUUCGAGGGAAGCGCAGAAAAUCGUGCAGAACAUCAAGAACAAACUGGCCAACAGAGCGGAGUCCACCGAGAUGAUCAAAGAGCUCCAGAGGCAGAUACUGGAAACGUAUUUCUCCAAAUUGGUCGAUGAGGAAAACGAAAACGUCACCACGGAUCUUACUGAGAAAAUAAUGAAGCAGUCGCUGUACGAGAAGCAAAUGCUGAGCAAGAUCAGAGAAGUCCAAUACCAAAGGGAGAACAUGCUCGAAAGCAAGAAGGCCUUGAACCAAAGCAUUAUCAAAGAAAAAGAAAGGGAGUUGGUCAACAAGAUGCUGAACAAAAACAAGGAAAUGAACAAACUCGAACACGAAUAUUACAUGGAGAAGAGGCGCCUCUAUCAAUUACACCAAGAAAUAUACCAAAAGAAGUUGAAGAUCAAAGCGGAGAAGAUGCACAAGCUGUGCCAGGAUUCCAUAUACGGCAUAUGCACGAUGGCCUUGAGAUUUUUGGAGCACAAGCGCACCUUCGGCGAGGAACCCCCUCAAAAGGUGGUCGACAUGUGGAAGAAGCUGAUCUACGCCCAAGACGAGGAGCCCAAAGUUCCCGCCGAAGAUCUAAUAACUCUAAGCCCGGCCGUGACGGAGACCGUCCUGCAAAGCGAAAUGGACAGGCAAAUAAUCUUCGACAGGCGCGACUUGGACGACUACACCAACUUCGAGUACCCCUGGAUACUCCGGGACCUCAGCGAAGAGCUCGUCAACGACAUGAACAACGGCACCAACAUCUUGGGUUACAUAAUCCACAGCUUGUUGAACAUGAAGUACCCGAGGGCGAAUUACACGAACCCGCCCGACCUUCCGAACGUCAACAUCAGGGCCUGCUUGAAGGGCGUACCGCAACAGCAGAGCUUGAAGACGCUGCAGAAGCUGCUGAUCCACCGGAACGUGCUGGUCGUCGAGCUGCAGGACACCAUCAACUAUUGCUUGGACGUGUACAAGGCGGAGAGCAAGCACCAGACCGAAGAAAGCUCCGACGACGAGACCGCUUUCGUGGAAAUCGAAGAGAAACCUCCGAUGGCCAAAAAAGGGGCGAAGAAGAAAAGCAAAUUCGAUACGAUCACGUCGGAGAGCGAAGAGCAAAAAGACAAGGCGGAGAAGGUGGUUCAAACGCCGAAAAUUUUCCCCGAUGAAAUCGUGGAAUUGUCCAACGCCGGUUCGUUGGGGAAAAUUAUAUCCGAAGAAUUGAGCGCCGGCAAUUGCCUCACCGAUUUUCUCAUGGUCUCGACGUUCAUCGAAUAUUUGAAGAACAAAGAGAACGAAAUCAACGGUUGGGUACUAGUAAACUAUCCUAAUACCUACGAACAGGCGAUUCUGUUCGAGGAAACUCUCACCGGUUGUCAAGUGCCGGGCGUCAAAGAGGAGCAGAAAAUCAACAAAAGUUUGGUGGACAUCGUCAGCGACAUCAACGAAUUGAAAGACCCCGACGAAGAGAAACGUUUCUCCAGUUUGGUGCCGGAUCCCAGGCACAAGGAAUUCCCGAUGGCCUACGACACCGUACUCACCGCCUUCAUCAACGUCAAAAGCGUCUCCGACGAUUCCUGCAGCUCGUACGAUUUCCCCCAAGACCUGCGCUACUUGGAAGACACCAACGACUUGGAGAGGUUCUACACCGACCAAGGUUGCCAUUACGCCGUCUAUUAUCAAGACUUCGACUUCUUCACCAUCAAGCACGUGGCGAAAUUGGUCAUCGGGGAAUUCACGUUGCCGGCCAAGCCCUCCGUCGAGCUCUUCGGCGAAACCAUUACCUAUUUAGAAGCGGGCAAGGGGGAGGACAAGAAAACCACGACGGCCACCAAAAUGGGCGAGAAAAAGGAGCUGGACAGGAUCGAAAAGGUGGUGGUGAACACCUCCAGAGUUACGUCGUUGCAAUCCGGAGUAGAAUCGUCGACUAAAAAACAGAAAGCCGCCUUGAUGGUGGUCAAAAACGACAAAUCGACGCAGAUUCCGGAAACGGUGCUGGUGAUGGUGGAGCCGAAGGAGCCGCCCAAGCCGGGCGAAGAUGGAUUUUUCUACGAGAAACUGACCAUCAACAACGACAUCGGCUCGUUGCUGGUGGACAUGUGGGAGCGAAUGGAGGAGAUCUACAUCAACGAUCUAUCGCAGGUGUUCUUCGAGAAGCGCGUCAUCAUGAACACCUUGCGACCCUACGUGAGCUACGUCCAACACAUGAUCAGAUCGUACAUCGUACAAACCGACAACAGGCAUCUGAUUAUGAGAGAGUUCCAGGACAAGUUCAACCAAUUCGACAGCGAUUAUCGAAAGGACAAGGAGUUCAAGGCGCAGAUGCAAUGCUUGACGUUCUCGUUCACCGAUCGCCUCUCCGAUUUGGCGGACGUUCGAGUGAUGCGCGCCGAAAGACAACGCCACGACGUCAUCUUGGUGAGCUGGGGCGUCAAGCAGAUGAUCCAGCUGGUCAACAACUUCAUCACCGGCUUUCAAAUCGAACUGGACAGGAGCUGCGACUCGAUGACGUUCAUCAUCGACUAUUUCUGCGGCAUCAUCACCAACCUGCCCGGCGACGAGAUCAUCGCCAAGGAGAUACUGCCGAAGUUCCCGUUGGACAGCGCGGAAAUCGAAAAUGAAAUCAACAACAUUUACAUUAACGUCGGCGUGCCGGACGCCAAUCCUCUCGUCGGGAAAAUCGACGCGGUCUAUCGCAAAGCCUUGGCCAUCGUCGAUAAAAACGACAGUUAUGUAUUUUCCAAAUACGAGGCCAUGAAGUUCACGUUUAUGAGCGGUACUGGCCAGAAAUCCGCCAAGUCCAAAUCCACUAUGAAAGCUACUGCUGCCGGUACAACCGGCGAUAACAUAGUGGCCCAACAGCAGAUCCUCUACUUAUUCGACAUAUGGUACAAUUGUUUGAAAGGCGAAACGGCUCGGAUCAAAAUCCGCCUGCACCUGCUCAAAAGAUACUUGCUCAAAAACGUGGAAUCUUUCUUCGUCACGUUGAAAGACACCUACCACUCGUUGUACAAAGAGAACCAAUUCCGAUACGACACCGAAUUGAAGACCAUCAAGGACAUUUGGUACAUGUUUAUGAUCGCCAUCGAAAAAGAGCAGCAGAUCCAGCACGAAUUGGUGUUCAUCAACGAUCACCUCUACGUCCGCCCCUCGGUCAUCCUAUUCGAAGAUCCUGUAGAAGAACCGCCCAAAUUAUCGAACACAAUGGUGUUUUCCGUGCGACAACUGAACGCCCUCAUCGAACUGUUUAUCGAUUUAGGACCGGACGGUUUCGUUCCAGCCCGAAGUUUCUCAUUCAUCCUUCAAGACAUGACCGUCAACAACACGACCAAUUGGAUACCGGACGAAUGGACGAAUCUCACCGGCCCGAACGUGUUCCAAUUCACCCAAGACAUGUUCGGACCGCAAGAAUUCGUCUGCUGGAAGGACUUCAUCAUCUACUGCCUGGCGUUGCGCUUCCCCACCGUCAACGACAUCGUCCUGAUGCGCAGGGCGUACAAAAACAUCGACUUGAACUCCACCGAGCUCAUCGACAAGAAGCACUACGACGACAUCCCCUUCUGGUUCGAGACCGACGAGGACGUCGACGUCGAGGCCGUGAAAAACCUGCUGUUUAGGAUGUACCAAGUGGACGAGCAGUUCACCAACUACACGGCGAUGCUGUUCGAUUUCUGCAAGAGCGACAUCACCCUGCUGGGCAUCGUGAAGGCGCUCACGCUGAUCUCGGGGAAGACCUCCUGCUGGAACACUUCCGUCGGCCAGAAGUUCGCCCAAUUGGUGCUGGAAGAUAGGAAGCUCCACGACGAGCUGGUGAAACAAAGAACGUUGGAGAUAAAGCAAAACUUCGAGUGCGCUACUAACAUAGUGCUGGAUCUCAUCGAUAAAACCGUCCAUCUUUGCGACAGUUUGAUCCUGACGGACAUCGACGAUUACAAAGAGGAUUGGAUCGAUAGCGAGCCGGUGGAGGAACCCAAACCGGUACCGCCCGCUAGCAGGGAAUGCGAAGCAGGGUUCGAGGCCAGACGGUACCCGUGCUACUGCUACUUCCUCAAUAUAUCGCACGUGAUCACGCUCGUCAACAGGACGUUCAAUUGGAGGACGGAGACGGAGAAGAACAUUUCCACCUACCAAGUGCUCAACGACAUCUACAAGCAGUGCCAGAGCCCGAUGUUCAACAACCAGGUGCUGUCGCACGAGUUCCUCAACAACGAGCAGUUCUUGAAGGUGUUCAAAACCACCAAGAAGUUCAUCAACGUGUCUCCUUACAAAUUAGUUGAGAAGUAUCUUAUAGAAACGCAAUUAAACGAGAUUGAAACCUGAAGUGUGCUCGAAUUGUGGUAGGUAAUUUCCAGUUUCAAGAAGGUACUACUAGGUGUAGCGGGAAAUAGAGAUAGAAGGUAUAGUAUGUAGUAGGUAUCGCGUUUAUUUAACGUAAAAUAAAAAAAUUAUCUUAAUAUCAUUUUGCUGGAUUUGCAAGAUAUAGCGGCGUUUAAGUCGACGAAUUCGCAUCACAAUUAAAUCUCACUAGUUUAGAUUGAAGUCACUGGAUACUUGAAGUACCGCAAAUCGGCCGCCAUUUUUUUUAAGUCGCUUAACCCCGACCACUUGAUUGCUCGACACGUAAACUCCACCGCUUCAUUUACGUUACCGGCCUCGCGUUUGCGGUACUUCGAACACCCGAGUACUUCAAUUAAGGUUUGUAAAAAAGAACAUCUUCUUCUUAAACCGAGUACGGUCAUCAACUAGGCGCGUCGACAGCCACCAGGAUCCACGUGUACAACAAAUGGUACUUCUUUUGGACGAGUUUGUACCGCAAAUUGUUCAGCCCGUCUUUGUCGAAACGCUGCUGGCCUUGCUUCAGCACGUCGUAUCUACAACGAGAAAAACAAUACUAGAAUCCGGGCAGUACUAGGUAGUACUAGGUGGUACUAGGUGGUACUAGGUAGUACCGGAAGAGCGCGUUACUCACCGACUGGCGCUCGGCUUGUCCUUCUUGUGCGUGAGCAUCGUGUAGCGGGCGAUGGUGAGCGGGUACCUGGAUAUGUGCAAAUGGUGGUACCGGAUGCGGUUCGACAUGUCGUCGUCCUCGCCGCCCCAGCCCCAAAACGAAUUCGAGAAGCCGUUGAGCAACUUGAAAUGCUCGGUACUGAUGGCCGAAACGCCUCCGAA